CGCUGCUUGUGCUGCUGUGGAUGGACUGUCGCCUCGUACUCUAAUUUACAACAUAGAUGACAACAAGUCUCCAUCUCAAGGCUUCACAAUGGACAACGUCGCAGUUUCUAGACGAAACACAGAUAUGAAGGUAAACAAGGAGAACGCUCAGCCUGCAUAUGGAAGCAAGUCCGUCAUCCGAAGAGACAAACUGUCCGCUAAACCCUUCCAACUGACAAACGAUACAAAGGACACCCGGGCCAGAAGCGGUCCUCUUAAAGCCAAGGCGUACCCACAGUCUGGCGAGGCUCUGAAAAAGGUGAAGACUGUGCAGAAAGGUGCUGCUUCUGAUGUCAAACUACGUCAAACUCACAGCCGGUGCUUCAUCACCGAGCAGAUUGUGAAACAUCCAAAAAUAGUUACAGAGGCUCCAACGCUCCCGGCCGCUCAGCAGUCAUCAAAAUCUACUCUGGGAAUGUACAAAGGCAAGAUUGUCCAGUCAAAAAUUGGAUCCAUUUGGAAGUCAACUGCCACUUUGGGCGGGGCAGACUCCAAACCAUCAGCACCCAAAACAGGGGGUCAAAGGGUCAUAAAUGUAACAAAAAGCAGGUCCACUUCUGUUACUGACCUGUCUGUACAUGGCACACGCAAACCUGCGCAGACCAGGUCCAAGUCAGUGAUGGAUGGCGCCCCUCAGGUGAGCAAGCCUGCUGUCAGCCGUGCUGCUGGAUUCCACUCCGCUCGACCUCCUGCCAGGACCCUCGCGACAACGCUCGCCAGUGCCAGCUCCAGAAACGUUAGAGUGGCCUCCACCAAGGGAAGUGGGAUUCAGAGCUCAAAGAUUCUAGUGACUAACAAGCAGGUCGACAAACCUGCUGUCUCAAGUGCCCUCAGUCAGUACAGAUUCACCAUUGAGACUGCAGAGGAGAAAAGGGCGAAACUGGCAGCGUGGCAGGCCUCCAAGGGCAAGACCUUCAAGAGACCAGCCAUGAUGGAACCCGCUAAAGCCAGAGUCUCUGCCAAACCUGAUGAAGAGCUCAAUCCACAGCCUCAACCCAGACUGGAAGCCCGCGAGCCAGACUCCGAGGGAGCCGUGUUUAACACACGCAGCCGAACGCCGGCAUUCAUGAACACCACUCUGGACCUGCUGGAAACCUCUGAUGAUGACCUGCAGGACAACGUGGAUGAUAUUGUAGUAAACCUGUGUGAUGCUUUGGAAGCCAUGGCGACGCCCUCUAGAUCUGAUGAUCUCUCACAGGUGACGGAUGUCGUAAUGGAUGACCGCAAACCACAGUAUGAAUGUGAAGGGGAGCGGACAGAGAUGUCUGAGGAUGUCGAGCAAGUGAAAGACGAAGUAGGAGAAACUGACGUUAAGUGCGUGAAGGAGACCGUGCCACAGAUGGAGGAUGGUUCAGUCAUAAAGUACAGUGUGAAGACCACUCCGUACCUGCAACGUGUCAAGAAGACGAUUGACAAGGAGGCCAGCACAAGUCGGUCCAGGAGACAGAGCAACAUCAAAGAUCUGAAGUUCCUCACACCGGUUCGCCGUUCCUGCCGCAUCGAGCGGAAAGCCUCCCGCCUGCCGCCGCUGCUGGUUGAUCCGGAUCCCUGCGUGUCGACGCUGGCCGAGCUGCUGAAGCUGGAUGACGAUAACGCCUACAUCUACAGAAAAAACCAUGCACUUCCAGACGGUGUGUCAGACCAGACUGAGAGGGGCUCUGUAAAUGUGUGAUGUGCAAAAGAAAAGUUAUUUAAAUGUAUGGGACAGGAGCUAAUGGUCACUUUAUACUGAUGUUGUUAAAUGGUUCUUUUAUUCAUCAAAAUAAUUUUUAUAUUGGGAGGGUAAUCGUAUUCCUAGUUCUGUAAUAUGACAUUUGUUUAUUUUAGUAUAAGUUUCCAUGUAUUGCCAAAUGCACUGCAUUAAAAGAAUGUCUUUAUCCCUA